UGCGACGCAGCAACGAGGGUGAGAUGUUUAUAUGAUAGCAGUCUAGUAGAGCCCAUUGAUCACCCGCUGACUCGGAUGCUGUGCUUUCGUUUGUUUAAUGUCUAGGUCAGCUCUCAUCUCACCUUCAAUUCGUCCUAGUCCCAAAGCCAGUCAUCCUCCACGCGUUCCAUGGCCAAGCUGUGUCAUAAUUUCUCAAGAGUGUGGAAGAGUACUAUGACCGUCACCAUAUAAGCUUCGAACUCGAAGGCCUGCUGGCACACUCUUCACAUCUGACAUCCACCUCUCUGCGGUCUCAGUCUAGUCUAUCUUGGUUGCCAAGCUUUUCGCUGCCAGUUCUCGAUGUAUAACAACCCCACGAAUUCCAUUGAUCCAUGGACCUUUGGAGACUCAUCUACAUCAAGCAUGUUUGACAACCAACAUCCUCCCCGCCUCUCAGAAUACUCUGCGGCGACUAAUAUCGGCCCGUCACGCACUAGUACUGCUACUGCGGGACGCGACAUGCCUAACUCGGACGUUAAUCCUACUGAGGAGCUUCCGUAUCUGGCGAUAUGCGAGUGGGGUACUUGCAGCAUCCUGCUCGACGACACAUCUCCCUCGGGAAUGAUGCGCCACCUGCGAGAGUGGCACCUCAGUGAUCCCUGUAGACCGUUCAACAAGCGGCGCAGGGGUUACUGCCAAUGGGCUGGCGGUUGUGGCAAAGAGAUGGCCCAUGCUAGCUUUGGGAAGCACGUCUCAUACGUGCACCUACGCCACAGCAUACGGUGUCCUCACUGCCAUAGAGACAUUGGCAGGCAGGGGCUUUUGCCUCUCCACGUCGAACGAUACUGCCGACGUGCGCCGAGGCAGGAGGAAACUAGCUAGCGAGAUAUGUUGCGCCGCAGUCAAUCAAACAAGAGUUUACCAAGUUGUGUAUGAUACUUCUACAGUCGCUGGCGACUUUAUUGGGGGCGCUCGUGUACGCUACAUGCCGUGAUAGAGCCAAUCGUUAUUUAUCAAAGACGACUAGUGCGGCAACACGUUGCUCAGGCAGACGAAGGGGAACUUACCAAUACGCAGAGGUCUUCAUUGACGUACUCAUAGUGCUGAGCACUGUAUAUGAUG